AUGAAGCAACAAUCCCGGGCCAAGAGGGGAGGCUCUAACCACACCAACAACAAUAGUAAACGCACCCAAGGUGAGCUGAAGAAGGCAGCAGAAAUGGGCCUUCAACAGCAACUGAUCGACAAAAAUGACGACGAUCACAGCAGUAAUAGCAGUAGCUCAUCCUCCACCGUCUCAUCCUCCUCACAGCAGCAGCAGUCGUCGGUGGAUUACGAGGCGGAGGAUGAAAACGAGGACAGGCAGCAACGAAGGCCCAAGCACUCGAACGAGAACGAAAGCUUGUUGCAUGUGCAGAACUUUCUCAAGUGCUUUGGGCCCAAUGCCUAUGCAAAGACCAACGUUCCAGCAGCUGCCACGAAAGCCUUGGGAAAAGGAGAGUUGCGUGCAUGGCGCCAGAAUUAUCGCAACACAAUCAAUUCGGUACCAGCAACAGCAACUGCAGUAGCAGAUAACCCAACGGUCCAGACAUCACAGACGCCAAUAGUAGACAUUACGGGAGCUACAGCCACAGCCAUCAAUACCACAGCCUUGUUUCAGGCCCAGUCCCAGUCAAGUUCAGGGCACAAGCCGCCCACCACCAAGUUUCAAAUAAACACAAAGUUUCUGCGCAAACCACGCAACAAGCUAAUGAAAAUGCUGCCAACAGCAACGACGACAACAUCACAGCAGGAACUGGAGCAGCCGCAGCAACUGCAGCUGCUCAACGAUGAUUCCAAUGCCAAAUUCAAAGACUUUUCAAUCGAUUCGCUUUUGAAUAAGUAAACGUAAAGCAAGAUUAACGAAUUAAUACUUAACAGUUAGCCUUAUUAUUAUUUGUAGCAUAAUUAAACAUAAACAAAUAGUAACCAGAGAGCCCCAGAGCCCAAUCCGCGUUCCUAGUUUUUCCCACAAAUUUUGUUUAGCCAAACAUGAACAUAGCAACAUAGGUUGUUUAUUUAUUAUUACAUGCAUAUUUUGUACUGCCAGUAUGGCGUAAUUCGUAACUAGCAUAAGACUGUAAAUAUCUACUUAAUUAACGAUGAGAUAAAUAAAUCCACAGACACAUGAGUGCUAGAAUUUAA